UUAGAAAAAAUUCUUAAACGACCGAUUAAAUUACUUGAUAUAACUCAUGGUACUAUAUUUAAUAGUGAAAAGUGUCAAUCAGAUCGAAUGGUCGAAUAUUAUAAGGGUGAUACAUGGGAAGCUAUCAGUAAUGCCCUCAGGGGACCUCAAGCAAUCUGGCUUAUAGGACAUACAGAAAUUAUAGAAGCAUGCAAACAACUGAUUAAUGAUACAAUAGAUUGGCAAUAUCUGGAAAGAAUAAUCAAUAAAGAAAAGAAAUCAAUUCUUUCAGAGUCUCUAAAAGUUGUUGAUUUAGCAGAGCAGGUAUUUGGUGCAAACCAUGCUGGAAGCCAACUCACUAAUGAAAUCAAUGAAUGGUAUCCAAUAUCUGGAAAAGUAAAUAAAAAUAUAAGGCAAGCCUGUGUCGAGCAUGGGCAUGGUGGAUGCUGGAAUGUACCCGAUUAUCAUGUCAAUGAUGUCGUAUAUAUCAAUAUAAAAGAAUGUUAUCCAGCAAGUAUGCGAGGUCAAGGAAAAUAUACACCAUGGUUCAAUAGGUUCGGACAUCCAACACACUACCUUGUUCAAGUUGCAGUAAAUAGAAAAUUGCCAGAGGAUGAUAUCACUGGAUUUGCGCAG